AUGCUUGCUUCGCAUGCGACCAGUCCCGUUCCAAGCCUCUCAUGGCAACCAUGGAACAAGUCCCUACCCGCUGCCUGUGGUGACAUGCGCCGGCGUCAUGGAGGGCAAUCCGCUGGAGCACCGGAUGUGCGUCCAUUGGCGCUGGAGCUUGUGAGCAUAAGGGGGCUCGACAGCUUGAUCGAGCACGGCUUGCUGGAACGAGUUUGUGAAAUGCUGCCGGCACUAGAGAUUGCGUGGGCGACUUCUGCUUGCAGAAACAUGCAGGCUUUCGCCAAGGAGGUACUCCCUCGUUUGCUGGCAGUUCGAUGUCGACCAGGGCUGCAGCUCCAAACAGCGUCUGCCAGCGAGGCGGCGAUGUUUAGUGAUUGGAUGCGGGACACGCGACAGUGGAACUCCGGGCCCAACACUUCGAAGCCUUACAACGUCGCGAAAGAAGGCUGCGUGGCUGGGGAUGGUGGCGCUUGGAUUUUUCUGGAGCAAGGCACCGACUGGUUGGGGUUCCAGGGCUUGUACUGCAACUUCUCAAGUCCACGACCCAAGCCCAAAUGGGUAUCAUUCCGCCUGUGCUUGCAGACCUUAGAGUUUUCCUGCGGAUUCUUCGCACUGUCAGCUGACAGAAGAACAUGGGGCCUUCAGCCCUUGGUCUUCAUCUUCAAUUACAGGGGGGAUGACAUGCAAACCGGCAAGCGCUGCUUUGCUUUGCAGACGCAGCCAGUGACUGGUGACCUGCACGUUUUGCAGCUUGAGAAGGACCAAAUCCGUGCCGGCGUUCCAUAUGAGGUUGCAGUGCACCUUGAUUGGGAACGGGGUCUUCUGGAGCUCUUCAUCGAUGGGGCGUGUGUCCUCAGAGACAUUAAUUUUCAGGCAGACCUGGAGCCGCGAUACAUCGGUCUCUAUAACUGGAGAAGGCGUGCAGUUUGUGGCUUCUCAGAGAUAUUGGUUGGCAGCAGGCGGCCGUAUCCUGUAGCCGAAUCGCCGCUGCAAGUCUGGAGGGUGUCGGAAAGCCAGAAUCGUCGCGAAGAAGGUUCUGCGCUUACAAUGAGGUCACGCCCACAGAUUGGAUUGACAAGCAACCAGAUCCUUCUCAGCUUCUGCGUGAACUUACGAGAGUCCGCCGUCGCCAGCCUUUUCGAGAACUGCCCAUCAUCGAGGUAUGUCGAAAUUGCUGUGUGCAUGUUCGACAUGACGAACGUGUCGCCCCGAGUGCACCAUCGUGGUGAACUUUGA